AAUGGACACGGCGGCGGCGCAUCUUCACGUUGCUACAUCUCGUCGGUAUGACAGGUUUCCUAACCUAAAUAGUUGUCAAAUUUAAUGCUUCAUAUCUUGCUUUGCGGGACAGAGCGGUAAUUAUUUCUGCCAGAUUCUUUCGUUUCGUGCAAAAACGCAUCGAAUGAAUCUAAUUUCAUCGAAACUGAAGGAAUAAGUAGUAAUUUGGAAAACUACUAGAUUUUGCAUACAUCAAAAAGAUGUUGAAGCACAAUUUAUUAAAGACAUCGUGGUGUAAAUUGCGCACACGAUACAUCCACAAAAAUGCCUCUCUCCCAGAAGCAUCUUCAAGUAAGGAAUGUGCAAUUGCAAAGGUACGCAACAUUGGCAUACUGGCACAUAUUGAUGCUGGAAAAACGACUACAACUGAGAGGAUGUUAUACUAUUCUGGUCUCAUCAGACAUAUGGGAGAAGUUCAUUAUGGCAACACGGUGACCGAUUACAUGGACCAGGAACGUCAGCGAGGAAUAACGAUCACUUCAGCUGCAGUCACGUUCAACUGGAAAAACCAUCGUUUCAAUUUAAUAGACACUCCUGGUCAUAUCGAUUUUACUAUGGAAGUCGAACAGACUUUACAAAUAUUAGAUGGUGCAAUUGUAGUUCUGGACGGUUCUGCUGGCGUGGAAGCCCAGACGCUAACGGUAUCUAGACAAGCGGACAGAUAUAAUAUACCUCGAAUAAUCUAUGUUAAUAAAAUGGAUAGAGCGGACGCUAAUUUCAAUAUGAGUUUACAGUCUAUCAAGUCUAAAUUGAACAUAGAAACGUUACCGAUACAGAUCCCUAUGGAGAAAGCAGGGGUCUUGGAAGGUAUCGUAGAUGUGAUAACUAUGGAAAAAUUAACAUUUGAUAAAAAACAUCAAGGUAUGAAUUUAAUAAAAACUAAAAUAACCGAGAGCGACGACGGAAAACUGUGGGAUGUUACCAGUGAGCAGCGACGAUUAUUAACUGACAAGCUAUCAGGCCUAGAUGAUAAACUGGCAGACGUUAUUAUAGAGCAAGAGUCCCUGGAUAAUGUACAGUCGCAAAUGCUGGUUGAUUCCUUGCGCAGAGUCACCCUAGCUAGGAAAGGUGUGCCUGUAUUGUUAGGAAGUUCGUACAAGAACAUCGGAGUGCAGCCUCUGAUGGACAGUGUUAUUCUUUAUUUACCGUCGCCGCCGAAUGUGGAUCGAUUGAAUCCAUAUCGAUGCUUCGAGAAUAAUCUAGCAGCCAGGAUCUUCAAGGUCGUUCACGAUAAGCAGAGAGGACCAAUUACAUUUUUCAGAAUCUACUCUGGUAAUAUGAAGAAGGGUCAAAAACUAUACAAUGUUACGCGCGAGCAAAGUGAGCAGUGUACUCGCCUGUACAUCGCUUGCGCCGACGAUUACGAGGAGGUAGGCGAAGUGAGUUAUGGCAAUAUUGCAGCUGUGGCUGGCUUAAAGGGUACCAUCGCAGGCGACCUGGUGACGACGAGCGCGUCCGUAGCCAAUCGCGCUAAACAAACUAUGCUGACGGAGAACCCAGACCAGCUGAACUAUGUAGACAAUUUCUUUGCAUCUGGAGUGAAUUUGCCUGAUCCCGUUUUCUUCUGUUCCAUUGAACCACCCUCCCUUUCGUCGCAGUCUGCUCUAGAGGUUGCUCUCCAGGAACUGCAAAGGGAGGAUCCUAGUUUGCACGUAAAGAACGAUCCAGAGACGGAUCAGAUCGUUCUCGGGGGGAUGGGUGAGCUGCAUAUAGAAAUCAUUAAACAGAGAAUCAAAACAGAAUACAAGAUUGACGUAGAUCUGGGUCCCUUGCAAAUCGCUUACAAGGAAACGAUUCAGGAUGCCGUUAAAGAUACGCUGUCCGUGGAGCACAGGCUGGGCCAAACGACGCACAAAGUUACUGUCACUAUGUCCUUAAUACCAAAUUACGAAGGAAAGCAGAAACUGCUUCUAGACAGGUCUCCAGAAUGUGCUUCGAAUAUUGAUGGUAUUCAUCCUCGGGUGAUGAGUGCGAUUAAAAACGGUGUAAACGCUGCACUAUUGCACGGUGUUAAAUUAAAUUGUCCGGUGAUUAACAUUGGCGUCAAGCUCCACUGGCUGGAAGUAGCACGCGGUACCUCGGAUACUAUUAUUUCUGCCGCUGCCUUACAAUGCAUUCGGAAGUUACUCCAAGAUGGAAAUAGCAUAUUACUAGAACCCAUGAUGCAACUAGAAAUAGUUGCACCAGAGAAAUAUUCAUCGAGUAUCAAUGCUGAUCUUACUCGUAGACGAGCGGCAAUACAACAGAUUGAUAUGCGCAGCAAUAAUAAGGUGAUUAGAACUUUCGCACCACUAUCGGAAUUAUUGGGAUAUUCAACAACAUUGAGAAUUAUCACAUCGGGCAAUGCAACAUUCUCGUUGGAAUUCAGUCACUAUCAACUAAUGACUGCUGUUGACGAACAAGAAGCUAUCGAAAAAAUCAAAGGAUUCUAAAGUAAACAGUAUGAAAUAAUGAGCAAAGAGAUAAUAUUAUUGAAAGUACAAUUUCACUUCGUUUUAUUGACUCAAUCUAAUCAAAAUAUAUUGCAACAUUAUCA